AUGGAAAGAGAGGACGAAGACGCGACGCGAGAGAGAAAGAGGCUGUUCCGCCGUGCACUGUCGUCACUCCUGGGGUCAAUUGAAGCCGCCGCUGCUGCUAGGGCUUGCCGUGCUCCUGUCCUCACUUUCGGCUUCUACGAUUACUUCAUGUUCAUACUCCCAACCUCUCUCUCUCUCCAACUUUCAUUUCAUUCUCAUUUCAAUUUCAGUUUCAAUUUCGAUGUCUCUGCAGGCGUUUCAUCGGUGCCGUUUUCGAUGCCAAGGGUGCGGAUGCAAUUCUCUCCUUUGAAAAGUUCUGCUGCAAUCUCCCCAGAUCUCUUCUUCAGACUAUUUCGUGAACAAUAUUGUAUGACAAGAAGAGUGGAACUAAUUUGCUUCAAUGACAAGAAAAUUAAUAGACUGUUGGAUACCGGAAGAUAUCGAAACAUUAUGGAUAUGAAUGCUGGGUUGGGUAGUUUUGCUGCAGCUAUUCAAUCUCCCAAGUUAUGGGUCAUGAACGUUAUGCCUACCACAGCUGAGAAAAGUACCCUGGGGGUCAUAUAUGAGCGCGGCUUGAUUGGCAUUUAUCAUGAUUGGUGUAAAGCCUUUUCAACAUAUCCAAGGACAUAUGAUCUCAUUCAUGCCAAUGGCCUCUUUAGUCUGUACAAGGAUAAAUGUAAUGCAGAAGACAUUCUUCUGGAGAUGGACCGGAUCUUGCGGCCAGAAGGCGCCGUCAUAUUCCGCGAUGAAGUCGAUACCUUAAUAAAGGUAAAGAAAAUAGUUGCAGGAAUGAGAUGGGAUACCAAAAUGGUUGACCAUGAAGAUGGUCCUCUUGUUCCUAAGAAGAUACUAAUUGCUCACUUAAAACAAUGA